AUGGUCAGCCCGGCGUUGGGGCUGAUCACCUUCGUCGGCUACGUGGCGUUCCUGGCCUACGGGCUGUGCCGGGCGUCCACCCGCAAACACAUCACAAAGGCCGCCCCCCUUCUACUGGCACUGCUGUUGCAGGACGCAGUGGCGCUGAUUAGCGGGAUCCCCCUGCUCUACACGGCCAUCGCAAUACGAGCAGACUGGACCGAACUGCCGCCCGUUUUCUACAAGAACCUCCUGGCAUUGGGAAUCGGGCUCAACGCGGUCGUCACGACGUGGAGCAACUCGUGGUUACUGAAAAAGUACCGCGACACGCUCGUGGCAAGAUUCCACCUGAAACCAACCGCAGAAGUCGACCAUCCCCUCGUCGAACGGCCACGCCAACAAGAA